UAGAUCGGCACUCUCUCCCCCUCUCUGGCUUCGACCCCAUCAUCGUCCCCACCCAAACCCUAGAUCAAACAUUGAUUACGCGCUCUCUCUCUCUCUCUCUGGUCUCUUGCUUCACAGCUUCCGGUGUGGUAGUUUCAAUCAGGUGGAUACAUCUUGUUGUUGAAGAUUAAUGGAUCGACAGGGUCAUGAUUAUGCUGCGGCUGCUGCCGCCGCCAUGGCAUUUGCACAACAACAGCAACAAGCUGCCAAUAUCCAGCAGCAGCAACAGCAGCCACCGCCUUACGCUUUUCACCCACAACAUCAGCAGUUCCUACCUUCAGUUCAUGGCCCUCCUUUUCUACCACCGCAUCCUCCUAUGCAACAAUUUCCCCGCCAUCCCCUCAUACAAGCGCCACAAAUCCACCAGCACCCUCACCCUGCACCCCAUCUUCACCUUCUUCACCAGCAACCGCCGCCAUCUUUUCCGCCACAUAUUCCGCCUCCGUUCCAUGGCCUAAAUGAUGCACCUCCACCACCUGCUCCCCCACCAUCUGACCCUGAACAACAAAAAUGCAUUGAUAAACUUGUUGAGUAUGCUGUUAAAAACGGUCCUGAGUUUGAAGCUAUGAUCCGCGAAAAACAGAAAGAUAAUCCCGCUUAUAGUUUCUUGUUCGGCGGUGACGGUCACGGUUAUUACCGCUACAAACUUUGGUUAGCUACCCGCCCGCCUGGUGGCAUGUUCAACCAACCGCCUUUUCCGUCACCAUCUGUUAACAUGUUGCAUACUCCGAAUCCUAUGGUUUACAAUUCCCCACACUUACCUCCUGGUCCCGGUGGACAUCAAAUACCGCAACAUUCUUAUCCACCGUAUUAUGAUCAACAACAGCAUCAACAUUCGCAGCCUUUUGAUGGUCAUGGUCGGCCAGAGUUUGAUCAGUCUUCUAGAACUUUCAAAGGUCUCUCUGGCCCGCUUCCUGCUGACGUGGCGGCAGAAAUGAAUAAUGUGCUCAACAGUCUCACAGGCACAAAAGAGUCGAUUAAAGGUGCCAAAAUGUGGUUCAUGCAGAGAUCUCCAUUUGCACCGGCUCUAGCAGAGGCACUUAGAGAUAGAGUGUUUUCACUAGAUGACCCUGAAAGACAGCUGCAUAUUAUUUACCUUGCUAAUGACAUCCUAUUUGACAGCUUGCAAAGACGUGUAAAUCCUCAUGAGAUUGAUAACGAGGCACUUGCGUUUAGGCAUGUUUUAGGUUCCAUGCUUGCAAGAAUUUACCACAAUCCUUUAAAUAAGGAUGAAAAUCAAUCACGAUUGCAGAAAAUUGUCCAAUUUUGGGCAUCAAAAGAAGUUUAUGAUCCCGACACAAUUCGCGCACUUGAGAAUGAGAUGCUGAAUGGCCCGUUAAAUAAGAUCGAGUCAUCUACCAUCCCAGGACAAAAUGCGGUGCAUUGGCAGCCUGAUAAACAAGAUCACCAUGAUAAACAAGUGCCACCUGUGUUACCACCAUCAAUCCCACCUGGCGGUUACGGUGGGACUGUUCAACUGCCGAAUCAACCUCAUGUUCUGCCACCGCCAGCUGGCACUGAGAAGUUAUCGCCAUACCCUUUGUUCCCACCUGGUUUGAUUCCGGGAAUGGUUAGAAAGAUGCAGAUUGGUAGUGGAGUACCGUACUCUCCGAUGAGCCCGUUAGAUAUUCCAACCGUUAUACCGCCAUCCACUAUACCCCCAUCGGAAAUACUAGAGAAAGUGUCAAAGUUCUUUAAGGAAAUUGGUGAAGUGAACCCGUCUGAAGGGCCCAUGCGUGCUGGUAACAGUAACAGUGAUGAUGAAGAAGAGUAUGAAAGAGAGCCCGUGGUUCGUAAAGGUGGUGCUUGUAUACCUCCACCACCUAACCUACAGGUUGACCCGGAGACUGGGACCUUUGCGGAUGGAAGUGUGGAGAAGAAACCCGGAUCAAGUAGUUCGGGUCGGCUGGGGCUUGGGGCAACGGCUAACCCGAAUGAAAUCGGGCAGUACGAUGAUGUUUACAGUUCGUAUAGGAAACAGAGAAGCACGAAUUACCAUUCCUCCAUGAGCGCUAGAGCUGCUACUAGGUGAAGUUGGUUAGCCUGUUCUUUAAAAAAGAUGUUUAGUGUUUGGUUCAUAGAUUCGGACAUUGCUUGUAAACUGUUUGUUAAAAUGCCUUAAUGAGUUAGUGGUUAAUUCCCAUUGUCAUGUUCAUUAA